AUGAAAGAACUCGUCAAUGGGUUGCAAAUACUGACAAAAGGAAGUGAAAAUGAAAAACUAAAAUUUCUAUUCAACGUUUACGAUAUUGAUGGUAAUGGCACUUUGAACAAAGAGGAAAUGCACAUUGUCUUGAAUUCCUGUGUCCAGGAAAGUCAAAUAAAGUUCACAAAAGAACAAAUGGACGAACUUGUAGAAUGUUUCUUUGAGGAGACGGACGAAAAUGAAAACGGGCAGAUAACGUUUGAAGAAUUUUCUUCGUGUCUUUCAAAGUUCCCUGGCGUUGCAGAAAAUCUUACAAUCACAGCUGGAAAUUGGUUACGACCUGCCGACGACAAACCGCGAAAGGGUUUACGUCAUCAUAAUUAUCACAAAAUGCGUUGGGCUACACUUAAGAAAAAUAUCCUCACAGUAUUUUUUGUGUUGCUUUAUUUCCUCAUUAAUGCAGGACUAUUUGUCUGUGUUGUUAUUCAAAGAAAAGAUGAAGGUGGUUGGAUAAUCGUUGCACGUGCUCAUGGCAUGUGUUUAAACUUUAACAGUGCCUUAAUUCUUGUUCUCAUGUUAAAACGAUCACUAACAUGGCUCAGAUCCACACGAAUUGGAAAAUACUUUCCAAUUGAUUACUACAUCGACUUUCAUAAAUUCGUGGCUGUCGUCAUCUUAUUACAAAGUAUUCUUCACUUCAUAGGACACCUGGGACGCUACAUUAAAACAGACACAAGUAUCAAGGUGUGGGAAUAUUUAUUCACAACCAAGUCUGGUGAAGGAUGGUUAAACGGAAGUGCAGGAAUUACUGGAGUACUUCUAUUCAUUGUGUUUGCCGUCAUGGGUUUAACAUCUUUGCCUUGUGUGAGACGACGUGGAUAUUUUGAGAUAAUUGAAACUUAUCAGCCAAAAUUGCAGAAAUUAAGCUCAUAUGGCUUAAUGGAGGGGUCUCAGGAGGUCUCAGCUACCCUUGUUGAAAUUCUUUAUCAAGUCACCCAACUGAUUAUACCACGAGCACAGAAUUUCAAGUACAAACCAGGAGAUUAUGUUCUCGUAAACAUUCCACAAAUUGCAAAAUAUGAAUGGCAUCCUUUUACAAUAAGCAGUUCUCCUGAUCAAACCGAGAAUAUUUGGCUUCACAUUAGAGCAGUUGGAACAUGGACAAACAAGUUAUAUGACUUCUACAACAAAAAGUCUCAGAUGGAACAAAAACACAACAAGUCAACAAGAAGAAAAACUAUUGCUCAUAUCUUGAGAGAAGAAAGGGCGAAAUCAUUACGACGCACGACCAUACAUGCCCAUUCACUAAAGAAGCAUUCAACUUCGAAAGACAAAAUUGACGUCAAAGAAAACAUAAAUAACAACUAUGGCAAAAUUUCACAGAAUCUUUCUUUUAUCAACGAGGACGCUGCGAGUGAACGUUCACUAAAGAAAAUGAAGAAUAAGGCUGGUAACAUGGAGAUAUUCCUCGAUGGUCCGUAUGGGUCACCAUCUGAGCAUUUCUAUGAAGCUGAACAUGCCGUUCUUGUAUCCAGCGGCAUUGGGGUAACACCAUUUGCAUCGAUAUUACAAACGAUUAUGCUCAGAUACAAGAGCGCCUCUCAUGUUUGUCCAAAUUGUGAAUAUACCUGGGUAGCAAAUAUUCCUUUUUCUUUGCGAAAGUUAAAGAAGGUGGAUUUCAUUUGGAUUAAUCGUGACCAGGCGUCGUUUGAAUGGUUUAUCAGUUUACUGACUCAAUUAGAAGUAGAGCAAACAGAACAACAAGGAGUGUUUAAUGAACACUUUCUGGAUAUACAUAUUUAUAUGACAGCGGCUCUAAAGAAAGAAGACAUAAAAGCACUUGGUCUUCAACUUGCUUUGGAACUCAUUCGUGAAAAGAAAGACAAAGAUCUUAUAACUGGAUUGAAAACAAGGACCAAUCCAGGACGUCCCAAUUGGGAUAAGGUAAACAAUUAA